AUGCAGAAACUCACACCACAAAUUGUUAUUGUCCCAGCAUCUUUUGCCCCACCAUCACUAUACGUCAGACUUGUUCAGAGCCUUGCACAGUAUUCAUUAAAGACAACUGUCAUUGAUCUCCCGUCUGUGGGGUUUCGUGACACGCUGCCAGCUGCUUCCAUGGAAGAGGAUGCUCAGCAUAUCAGGAAAAUCACUACGAAGCUAGCCGAUGAGGGCCAUGAGAUCAUCCUGGUGAUGCAGUCUUAUGGCGGUAUAUGCGGUACAGAGAGUACGGUUGGAGUCUCCAAGACAGAGAGAAAAGCUGUUGGGAAGCCGGGAGGUAUAAUCCAUCUCGUUUAUAUCAGCUCCCCUGUACCUGAAAUCGGAGGCUCCGUCAAGACCACGAUGGGCGAUAACAUGCCCCAUUUUAUGAAACUCGAGGGAGACUACCUCAGAUCCGAUCCUGAAGGCUGCGCCAUCGUCAAUUUCUCAGACCUUCCGAAAGCCGAGGCGUUGAUAUAUGCAAAGCAAAUGACAGCACAUUCCGCACUGAGUUUUGCUGGGCCACUCAAAAACGGAGGAUAUUUGAAUAUUCCCGUUGCAUAUAUAGUUUGUGAGAAGGACAUUUCUGUCCCGCCUGUUGUCCAGAGAUCUGUCAUUGAUAUGAUUUCUAAAAAGAGCGGUCGAAACGUCAUUACGUUUUCUUGCGAGUCCGGACACUUUCCAACUGUCAGUAUCCCGGGCAAAGUAGCCUCUUUUAUUUACAAGGUUGCUACUCAGACCUUUGAAUAG